GUAAAUUUUAAAUAACGUAGAAUUUCAGCAGCAUAUCAAAAGGACACAGCAUCUGCCCUUUAGUGCGCGCUGAGCAGGUCUGAAGUUAUUGUGGAAUCAGUAAGCCAUGGCAUCUAAGAAAUUUGCUGUUAGAUGUGGGAAUUUUGCUGUCCUGGUGGAUCUUCAUAUAUUGCCGCAAGGUUCAGACAAGGAUACCAGCUGGUUUUCUGAACAGAAGAAAGAGGAAGUCUGUUUACUGUUAAAAGAAACCAUUGAUUCAAGAGUUAAGGAGUACUUGGGAGUUCGUAAACAGCACAGGCCGUCAAACACAGAAUUCACAAGAUCCAGUCCCUUGUCCUUAAAAGGUUAUGGCUUUCAAAUCACAGCCUAUUUCCUCAAGAGAGGGAUACGCCUUCGCUGCAUCAGGGGCACACACAAUGCUGAAAUCCAGGUAUUCCCUGACAGAUUUGUGGUCUGUGUAAGUCAGCUUGCAUUCAGCCAUGAUCGUUUGGCAAGUCAGAAUGAAGAACUGACAGAAAGAGCUCUCCUUGGAGUGUCUGAUUACUUUGCUGAGUGUGCAGAGAGUCCACUUCCUCCCAGUGCAAAACUCCGGAGAAAUGCUUUGAAAGAAAUUAUGAAAAGAACUGAAACAAAAAGCAGCAGCGUGAGCAAAUCACAGACCAGCAUGGACAUUGUGGGAACGUCUAGUGGCUCCGUGAUUAUAGAGAUAGCAAGGGAGAGAAAUGAUGGUCAGGCUUCCUCCAGACCCCUGUCAGAAUCCACGGGACAGGCAAAGGAUUACAUAAAGGCAGCUGAGAGCCACUGGGGGCUUCCUGUUCAAAAGCUGGAAAAUGUUAAUCAGACCCAGCCAGAAGACACCAGCAGCCAGCAAAAACCUCAUCCUGGGGAGCCGUUAAAGACGGGGCUUCUAAGCGGGAGCCCUGUCUGUAGCUGUGAGUCAGCAUCACCAGGUCCAAAACAAAGUCCGAGAGCGGCCAGAGCACAACAGAAACGCAGGAACUGCGGCUCUGCGGAAGACUCCGACCACCGCAAGAGAGUUUCUCUUGGAAGUGAUCGAUUAGUCCCAAGAGAAGUAAUAGUGGAGAAAAGCAAAACUGUCAGGGUUUUGCCAACUUUAGAGUUGUCAGAUCCGGGGUUACUUUUGAAACAAGAUUUGGCAAAAACCACGUCUAAGGAAGAGUUGCAUGUUUUGGAAAAUCUCUCCUCCAGACAUCUCAUGAAAAAUAACCCAGCGGCACAGCAAACCGGCUCGGCCACAAACACUGAAAGAUUAUCUGUGAUGCAGAGCAGCCCAGCCAAGAAAAGAGAGAAAUGCGAAAGAGGCCACAAAUACUAAAAAGGAUUGCAAAGCCAUAGUUAAGGAUAUAGUGGCCAAACCUGUGAUAAGAAGGCCUCCUGUAUAGAUGCUGGGAUUUUUAAAGGAAUUAAUUGGAAUGAUUAUUUUAAAUAGUAUAUGUCUGCCUCAGGGUUUGUUUUCAAAGCAGUCACUUCUAGGAGGAUUUAUGCUCCUUCUAACAACAUUGCUACUUUCUCCUCAUACUUUGUAACUGUCUUCAGAAAGUGAUUUUAAUGAUAGCCAUCCCCCAUGUCAGGGAUGAGACUGUGCAAGGACUGUGUGAAGAAACGGAUCAUGUGCCCCACUUGGGACAUCACUGUGCAGACCAACAAUGGGCCACACGAAGAUGGUGCCACGGUGCUGCAGUUAAGUUCCAGGGAUAUGAUCUGUCCUCCUGCUCCUCAGCCUGAGUAGGAGCAGAGGGCAGUGAAGAAACAGGCUAGCAGCUCUCAACACAUGUUACUGGGACAAGCAUCGUC